AUGAGCAGAAAAACUCCAUCGUUUGACGAGACACACUCCGACAAACUCGCCCGCAAGGCCCGAGAAUCGCCCUUUAUGCCGAUCGGGAUUGCCGGACUGGUCGCGGUAUGCGCCAUCGGUGCAUACAAAUACAAGUACCGGGGUGGGAUGUCCACGUCCGUGUUCCUAAUGCAGUUGCGAGUAGCCGCCCAAGGUACGGUGGUCGCCGCUUUGUCCAUCGGUCUUGGCUACACGAUGGCAAACGAGUAUAUAUUUAAGAAAAAAGACGAUUAA